CCUCCCCGUCCAGUCUCCUGAUGUGAUCCCACCCUCCCCCCUGUUCUCAGAGCAGUCUGGGAACCGCUCCAUCCCCACCCCUCAGAUAUAAAUAGGGCCUCUGUGGCCCAGCCUGGGGAAGAGGCUCCUCGUUCCUGAGGACAAAGCAGAAGGGUCUGCAGAAGCGAGCGUCCCCAUCAGAGAUGGCUCCUGCCAGCGUGAGACUAGGGCUCACCAUCCUUGGCCUCCUGGCCUGGGCUUCCCUGGCAGCCGGUGACCGGGUGUACAUCCACCCCUUCCACCUCCUCACCUACAGCAAGAGCGACUGUGACAAGCUAGAGAAGCCCAAUGUAGAGAUGCCCAAAGACCCAACCUUCACAUCCAUCCCGAUUCAGGCCAAGACGACCGCUGUGGAUGAGGAGGCCCUGAGGGAGCAGCUGGUGAUGGCCGUGGAGAACCUGGAGGAUGAAGACAAGCAUAGGGCCACGAGGGUUGGGAUGCUGCUCAACUUUCUGGGCUUCCACAUGUACAAGGUGCUGAGGGAGACGUGGAGCACGGCCAGCGGAGCCGCCCUCCUCUCCCCGACGGCUCUCUUUGGCACCCUGACCUCCUUCUACCUGGGCGCCUUGGGCCCCACAGGUGACAGAUUACAGGCAUUCCUUGGUGUCCCCGGUCAGGAUCAGAGUUGCACAUCCCGCUUGGAUGGGCACAAGGUCCUCUCUGCGCUGCAGACCAUCCAGGGCCUCCUCGUCGCCCAGGGUGGCGUGAGUGGCCACAGCCGGCUCCUCCUGUCCACGGUGGUGGGCCUGUUCACUGCCCCCAGCCUGCCACUGAAGCAGCCCUUUGUGCGGGGUCUGGCUCCCUUUGCCCGCGUCACCCUCCCACGCUCCCUGGACUUGUCCACGGACCCAGAGCUUGCUGCAGAGAAGAUCAACAGGUUCAUCCAGGCCGUGAUGGGGUGGAAGAUGAACAUCCCCGUGACAGGGGACAGCCCAGACAGCACGCUGCAGUUCAACACCUACGUGCACUUCCAAGGAAGAAUGAAGGGGUUCUCCCUGCUGAAGGAGCCCCAGGAGUUCUGGGUGGACAACACCACCUCCGUGUCAGUCCCCAUGCUCUCGGGGACUGGCACCUUCCAGCACUGGGACGACACCAAGAACAACUUCUCCGUGACGCGCGUGCCCCUCAGCAGGAAUGCCUGGCUGCUGCUGAUCCGGCCCUGGCGCAGCUCCGACCUGGAGACGGUGGAGUCCCUCACCUUCCAGUAUGACUUCCUGGGCAGGAUGAAGAAUCUGCAUCUCCGGGCCGUGCACCUGACCAUGCCACAGCUGGUGCUGGAAGAUUCCUACAACCUGCAGGACCUGCUCACCCUGGCCAAGCUGCCCACCCUGCUGGGCCCCGAAGCCAACUUGGGCAAAAUAAGUGAUGACAACCUCAGAGUUGGAAAGGUGCUGAAUACCAUUCUUUUUGAACUGAGAGCUGAUGAAGGAGAGCAGCCCACAGAGCCCACCCAGCAGUCCGAGGGGGCUGAAGUCUUGGAGGUGAAGCUCAACAGUCCGUUCCUGUUUGCUGUUUUGGAGCAAGACUCGGCUGCCUUCCAUUUCCUGGGCCGCGUGACCCACCCGCCAAGCACAGCGUGAGGCCGCGGUGUCAGCGGCCCUGCUUGGGGAAGGCCGCGAUAAGGCCGUGAGGUGGGAGGCGCCCUGGAGCCCACUUCCCUUGCCAUCCUGAGAGUUAGGCCGUCACUCUGAGCGCAGAGGCAUCGGCGGAUAGCAAACACUAAUUUGCCACCACUGGUUUCUGCUUUUUCUUCUAAUUUGUCAGCGUUGAGCCUGAAAGAAGUUUUUCCUUGGUAAAAGUGAUGCUGUGCAUAAUGAGCAGCAGUAACCCAUGGGGGCCUAAGCAGGCUUCCUAAGGCUGUCCCUUUCAUUUUGGAUAAUGGGGGUGCGGAGCCAAGAGCCAGCAUUUAGCUACUGUUCCGGAAAGAGUUUGAGCAGACUAACCUAUUUUUGAAACCAAAAGUGUUUCCUUUUUAAUUGAGAUCAGAAAUUGGGUUUCAAAACUAACAUAAUUUUUCAUGACCUUGGGUUUAUAUUUAGUGUCUUGAAUGUGAGACUAUGCUCUAUAUUGUAGUCUCCACCAUACUUUGGUUUGUGAUUUUUGAAGAAUUCAUUUUGAAAAACACAGGCAUCCAGAGUCAUGUUAGAUUAGAAUGCAACACCAUGGUUGAUUACGCCUUGGGUAAUUAAUAAAGGUCCUGCAACAAUAAACAAAAAAAUAUACAUCUUUUCCUUAGUGGAAUAACAUAAUUUAGCUGACAAACUGGAUAAACGAAAGUGCUUUCAAGGAUUCUGAGUCAUGUUUUGGAUGGAAUUUCCAUGGGAGGCCUGGGCCUGGCCUUCCCGCACAUUGAGGAGGUGCGUUAGGUGACGCGUCUCUCUGGAUGUGUCUGUUCAUAAGCAGUAAUAACCAUCUGUGUGAUGGAGACUCCUCACAUGGCAACUGAAAAAGGGACUGGACACUUCUCAGAACCAGUGACAUAGAAUCGUAUCAUUCCUUAUGUGAAGGUAGAGAAAUAAAUCUUCAUAAGUAAAUAUUUGCAAA